AUGUCUGGCACAACGAAUUUGGGUAAUUUACUCCGCAUUAAUCCAUUACCACUGAGCGCGCUCCCAGCACAUCCAGCGCUCAAUGGCGACGAAUCAUCCGCCUCGAAUCGCCCUUCGCUAUCCGAGUUUACAUCAGCAGCACUGGACGAAGGCACAGCUUUAGUUUCGUCGAUAGAUCAGAAGUUCAAGGCUCGAUCAUGGAAAUCUUCGCCGCCGUCUUCUUCCAAAGUACAGCUAUUCUCGCGCACAGUUACCGCGAGUGAGCUGUCCAAGGUGCCCUGGACUGCCGGACCGGUGCCCAGACAGAAACCAGCUCCUGGUGACAAUACCGAAGAAGCCUGGUUCGCACGCAGGAGCUAUCAUGCCAAUGACAGCAACACGAACGAUGCCGCUUCGUAUUCAGAAUUCGAAGAGGGUCUGCUAGAGAAGCAUUCCGAGCACGAAAAGGAGUACACACCAGACGUCUAUGACGCGUAUGAGGUAUUGCGGUGGGAUGUCCCCGCCGAAAAUAUUGGGAAAUAUUCGCAUGUCAACAUGAGAGUUGUUGAAAUGGCCCAUCACAUUCCUGCGCCGCUUGCGAAUCGCGUGUUUUCCGUCGUUGUUGUCACCGCCAAGACAUCAGACACUUCUUUUCUCGUGGUCCAGAUUCCCGUGGAUAUCAGAUCACUUUCUGGAGCAUUGUACAGCAACGAUCGGCAUUUGCGAGAGGGAGAUACCAGUAUCAAGAGAAAGAAGGUGAUUUUGGGCGUUUAUGCUUCGGUGGAGGGCGUUACUUUGCGACACGACAAUGACCGAAAGGAUAUUGAGUGGAUUAUGGGCACUACUAGUGAUGCGAAAGGCUGGCUGCCAAUGUCUAUGCAGAAAAUGGGUGUACCCGGUGCGGUAGUCAAGGACGUUGGAUUAUUCUUAGCGUGGGUCAAAAAGCAGAGGGAAAAGAAACAAACUGGCACUGGGUGA